GGGGUCACGUGACAGGGAGGGGGGCUGGGCGUGGGGUUGGCCCCGACUGAGGCCCGGCAGCGGGGCCGUGGCGGCUGCUGGUCGUGAGGGGAAGGAGAAGGUGUUUGUAAUCCAAGCCCAUUCAUGAGCUGAAGGUUCUUUUUAUUAAGUCAUGGAUGACAAGGCCUCUGUUGGGAAAAUCAGUGUGUCUUCAGACUCGGUAUCCACUCUUAACAGCGAAGAUUUUGUCUUAAUUUCCAGGCAAGGGGACGAAACACCAUCCACCAAUAAUGGAAGCGAUGAUGAAAAAACAGGACUGAAGAUUAUAGGGAAUGGGAGUGAGCAGCAGCUGCAGAAGGAGCUUGAAGACGUCCUAAUGGAUCCCCCCAUGGAAGAACCAUCAAAUGACCAGGAACACGAGGAGGACUCUCCCCAGGCUGAUGGAGAGGGAGAAGAGCCCGUCCUCCUUGAGGCCUCGGCAUCCUCCACCAUUAACCCUGCGUCCAUGGCAGGGCCGCAGAAACCUGAGAUGAACCUGCCGGUGAAACCCACACAGGGAGAUUCUGAGGAUUCGAGCCCUUUUACGCCUGUGGCUGAUGAGGACAGUGUGGUCUUCAGCAAGCUCACUUACUUAGGCUGUGCCUCAGUCAAUGCCCCCAGGAGUGAGGUGGAAGCCCUGAGGAUGAUGUCCAUCUUACGGAGCCAGUGCCAGAUUUCUGUGGCUGUGACCCUUUCGGUGCCCAAUGUGUCCGAAGGAACUGUGAGGCUGCUAGAACCUCCAGGAAACACUGAGAUCGCAAACUACCCCAUUUACAAGAUCCUCUUCUGUGUGCGAGGGCAUGACGGGACUCCGGAAAGUGACUGCUUUGCUUUCACUGAAAGCCAUUACAACUCAGAGCUCUUCAGAAUUCACGUUUUUCGGUGUGAAAUCCAAGAAGCUGUGAGUAGAAUCCUGUACAGUUUUGCUACUGCCUUCCGUCGUUCUGCCAAACAGCCCCUUGCAGCCCCUGUAGCUCCACUGACACCAGACAGUGACAUUUUCACUUUCACAGUCUCUCUGGAAAUAAAGGAAGAUGAUGGGAAAGGCUAUUUCAGUGCUGUUCCCAAAGACAAGGACAGGCAAUGCUUUAAACUGCGCCAAGGAAUUGACAAGAAGAUUGUCAUCUACGUGCAGCAAACGACCAACAAAGAACUGGCCAUUGAAAGAUGUUUCGGCCUCCUCCUUAGUCCUGGGAAGGAUGUGCAAAGUGGCGAUAUGCACUUGUUGGACCUGGAAUCUAUGGGCAAAAGCUCUGAUGGGAAGUCUUAUGUCAUCACCGGGAGCUGGAACACAAAGUCUCCACAUUUCCAGGUGGUCAAUGAAGAAACCCCAAAAGACAAAGUGCUAUUCAUGACCACGGCUGUAGAUCUGGUGAUCACUGAGGUGCAGGAGCCUGUCCGAUUCCUGCUGGAGACCAAAGUCCGGGUGUGCCCUCCCAAUGAGAGACUCUUCUGGCCUUUCAGCAAACGGAGCUCCACAGAGAACUUCUUCCUGAAACUGAAACAGAUAAAGCAGAAGGACAGAAAGAGCAGCACAGAUACACUGUAUGAAGUCGUGUCCUUGGAAAGCGAGUCAGAAAGAGAGAGGAGAAAAACUACAGCCAGUCCAGCACUCCGUUUGCCUCCGUCUGGAUCCCAGGGCUCCAUGAUCCCAUCUCCACCAGAGGAUGAUGAAGAAGAAGAUAAUGAUGAGCCUCUUUUGAGUGGCUCAGGUGACGUUUCCAAAGAGUGCGCAGAAAAAAUCCUUGAGACGUGGGGAGAGCUACUGUCCAAAUGGCAUUUGAAUUUGAGCGUGCGACCAAAAACUCUGCCGACAUUGGUAAGAAGUGGAGUCCCUGAAGCACUAAGAGGGGAGGUUUGGCAGCUGCUCGCAGGAUGUCACAACAAUGACCUUCUGGUAGAGAAGUACAGGAUUCUCAUUACAAAGGAGUCUCCACAGGACAGUGCCAUCACACGGGACAUCAACCGCACGUUCCCUGCCCACGAUUACUUUAAGGAUACCGGGGGAGAUGGCCAGGACUCGUUGUACAAAAUAUGCAAGGCCUACUCAGUCUAUGACGAAGAGAUUGGUUAUUGCCAGGGCCAGUCAUUCCUCGCUGCUGUGCUGCUUCUGCAUAUGCCUGAAGAACAGGCGUUUAGUGUUCUGGUCAAAAUCAUGUUUGACUAUGGACUCAGGGAACUUUUCAAACAAAACUUUGAAGAUUUGCACUGCAAGUUUUACCAGUUGGAACGUCUCAUGCAGGAGUACAUUCCUGACCUCUACAGCCACUUCCUGGAUAUCAGCCUUGAAGCUCAUAUGUAUGCCUCCCAGUGGUUUCUCACACUUUUCACAGCAAAAUUCCCUCUUUACAUGGUCUUCCACAUCAUUGACCUGCUGUUGUGUGAGGUAUGUGGCAUUAUUUAUGGGGUAGCUGUGGGGAUUCUGCUUACUACCAAGGAUGACUUGCUUCUGACCGACUUUGAGGGGGCUUUAAAAUUCUUUCGUGUGCAGCUGCCCAAGAGAUAUCGUUCAGAGGAGAAUGCCAAGAAGCUGAUGGAACUGGCAUGCAGCAUGAAGAUCAGCCAGAAGAAGCUGAAGAAAUACGAAAGGGAGUACCACACCAUGAGAGAGCAGCAGGCUCAGCAAGAGGAUCCCAUUGAAAGAUUUGAGCGGGAGAACCGGCGCUUGCAAGAAGCAAACAUGAGGCUGGAGCAAGAGAACGAUGACUUGGCUCAUGAGCUGGUCACCAGCAAGAUCGCUCUGAGGAAGGACUUGGACAAUGCAGAAGAGAAGGCUGAUGCGCUGAACAAGGAGCUGCUGAUGACCAAGCAGAAGCUGAUUGAUGCCGAAGAUGAGAAAAGACGCCUGGAGGAAGAGUCAGCUCAGCUAAAGGAAAUGUGUCGCCGUGAGCUGGACAAGGCAGAGUCUGAGAUUAAAAAGAACAGCUCCAUCAUAGGAGACUACAAGCAGAUCUGCUCACAGUUGAGCGAGAGGCUGGAGAAGCAGCAGACGGCAAACAAAGCAGAAAUCGAGAAGAUCCGGCAAAAGGUGGAUGACUGCGAGCGCUGCCGGGAAUUCUUCAACAAGGAAGGGCGGAUGAAGGUGGCCAGUGCUGCCAGGCAGGGCUCUGAUGAGGACACGGACGAGGAGAAGGAGGCACUCAAGAACCAGCUGCGGGAAAUGGAGCUGGAGUUGGCCCAAACCAAGCUUCAGCUGGUGGAAGCGGAGUGUAAAAUACAGGAUCUGGAGCAUGACCUGGGACAGGCACUGAAUGAGGUGCAAGCCUCUCGGAAGACGUGGUUCAACAGAACACUGAGUUCAAUCAAGACUGUGACGGGAGUCCAGGGGAAAGAGACGUGCUGAAGGGUCGGCAACUCUCUGAGGCGACACGCGACACUCGCCUUCUGCUAGACACCUUCUGCCUUACGUUGCCUUCCUUGGCCAGAUGCCACAUGGGAGAGAGGACCAGAAUGUACAUAGACCCUAGAAACACAACGCAUGUCAGGGCUUUUCCACAGGUCAGUGACAAAAAGCUGGGCGCCAAAUUCAGGCGUGAGGCUUGUUGCAGAUCACGGAAUCUUCAUACUACUGAUUAUUUAACCAGAGGGCGUAGCUGUAGAUCGAAGCUCUUUUUUGGAGAAAACACUCCAUUCUACAGUCUGGUUGCAGGCUUUCUUUUCACAAGAGUAGGUACGAGAACUUACCAAAACCUCUAACUUAAGUUUACAGACGAGAGAUUUUUUUACAGUUAUAACUUUUUAAAAAGAUUUUAUUUGAAAGGAACAAAAAAAGACAACUCUUAACCAGAAGUUAUUUCAGUGCCAGAGACCAGACCUUUUCCCCCUCCCCCUCAAGCUAGCUGGUGGGGAGUUUGCAUGGUUAGUAGGAACCCAACCCCCUGAAUGUGUGUAUGCACCUACCUGUGUCUGUCCAGUGUGUCUUUCUCUGCCACUAAUCAAUUCUAUGCAACUCUGGGAGAGUAUUUUUUAAGCACCUACCCCCCCCCCCUUUUUUUUUUUUGCUGGGUCUUGUUUUAGAAUUAAAGAUGAGCAUUCUCAGCAAGGUCUGUUUUGCACGUGAUUCUCACUCAGAGCCAUAUAACCACACCUCAACCAUUUCAAUCUCUGCUUUGAAACCGCUGCUUCAUUUGUAACUUGCUGGGGUUUCUUUUCUUUUUUUUUAAACCCUUCUGUUGUGUGUUUUGUGAGCUUUUCCGCUUCCAAAGUUCUGUUGUAGUUUUUUUUUUAAUAGCUUUGCACACAGAUGAGAAUAAAGAAACCAAGCUAAGGAGAGAUGGAAAUAGCUGCGUUGGCUGUUACAGCCUCAGCAAGAAUCUGACCUGCAGUCUCUGCACAGGCUUUCCUGAAACCUGUUUUGGCAGCUCUGUUGGGCUGAAAUGGUGUUUCAUGUUGCUUUUCCUCAGCCACCCCACACACUUCUUGUAGCCACACUGGUAGGUGCUAACGCUGCUGGGAUUUCUGAGCGCUUCGAUUGUCCAAAACUUCUCACCAGAAAAGCUGUAGAAUGGAGGUUUUUGCACCUUUGUACGUCUCUCCUUUUUUUAAUUUAUACUGGUUUGUGCUAUGCUGAAAUAUCUAUUGUAUCAGCCGAUAAAACUUUUUUGUGUGCAGCGUGUGGAGUAUAAGCUGGUUACAAUACAAGGCACUGGUUUGUAUAUAAAGAGAUUUGUAUUUCUACUUUUAUUUUUCUUGUUGACCAGACUAAUGCUAGCUAAUGCGAUCUGAGACGACAAGAGACGAGGCCCUGCAGUGCCCAGGCGUUGAGGGUCUUCCCUCCCCCCCCCCUUAACUGUGUACAUGAAUUAUCUUUAUUGUUUAAUACCAAAAAAGACUGUAACUCCAUCAAUAAUAGACGUGUGGACAUUGUAGUAGAGUAGCCGCAGUGUGUAGAUCUUAUGGAUUGAGAUAUAAACUAGUAAAAUUGGAUUACAACUUUA